UCAGAAUGUGCGACUCGAAACUCUCUCGACGGGCUAUGGCCGCGAGGACAUGCCUCGAUGCCCGAUCAUCGCACCAAAACGGGGUCGAUAAUGUGGAGUAGCGGUGUGUAACGAAGCCCAACAGUGGCGCAUUUGAGAUACAUUCUAUGAGCUGCGCAGAUUGCAGCUGUGUCGUUGUGAGAGAAUGGUGGGAAUUAUGAGUGUGCUGUGGGGGAUUUGAGACGGACCGUCGUCGCGCACUCAGUUUCAUGGGUAGCGGGGCUGGUCAUCACGGCGUCACGGACGUUUCCUUCGUAUUAAAUUUAGAGUGCGAGGCGUUUUAGGUCACCAGUGUGUCUAGGUGCGGUGCGGUGCGUUUGGGUUUGGUUUUUCACUUUGUUGGGUACCAUAUGUUUCUACGGAAGCGCGGAAGCUCCUGGUCUGGGCUUGCGGGUGGUGGAAGUGUUGCUGCUGGCUCUGGAGUCUGGGUCUGGACUGUUGGGGAAGGCUUCUUCAUGUGGCGGUGGUGGUGAUGGUGAUAGUGGUUCUUCUGGCAUGACACUUUGAUGGAUCGUCAUGGAUGGGGCUCACCAGCAACACAAGCUUCAUCCCUUUUAUGACUUGCAUUCACAGCUGCUGCCCCAGAGCGGCAAUGGCCACAACUAUGGGCAUAAAACCGUGUCUAUGCCAGGUGCCACAUCGGGGUUUCUGCCAACUACUGUGGCACCAAGUGUGCUACCCAGAGUGCCUGUUGUAAAUCAUUGCUCUAACGUUUUAUAUCGAAAAAUACGUCCAUCAGAUCUAUCAGUAUUGCAGGAGAUGCAUGAAGCGCUAUUUCCUAUCAAAUAUGAAACUGAGUUCUUCAUUAACGUUGUUCACGGGCGAGGAAUUAUAUCAUGGGCAGCUGUGGACAGAAGUAGGUCUGACUCACACUGUGACGAAAUUAUUGGAUUUGUCACAGCGCGAGUUAUUGCCGCUUCGGAGGGCGAGGAAUUGGACAUGUUAGGUUAUGAGAUUUCCAAAACAGAGAGAUCUCUUAUCUACAUCUUGACGUUAGGUGUCAUUCAGCCGUACAGAAACUCUGGCAUUGCAUCGGCGUUGCUCUGGGAGGUGAUAGAGUAUGCGAACCAGAUGUCGUCAUGUAGAGCUCUUUAUCUGCAUGUUAUAGCUUAUAAUCGUCCUGCUAUUAUGUUCUACCAGAAGAACAUGUUUCAGUGCUUGCGCAGGCUCCACAACUUCUAUACCAUUGAAGGACAAAACCACGAUGCUUUUCUCUAUGUCUUCUAUGUGAAUGGUGGUCGCUCCCCUUGCACAGCCAUAGAUGCCCUUAAAGCAGCCUUUGCAUAUGUGAGGGGAUACUUCACGUCAAUGGUGGCUAAAUUAUUUUGAAGAAUAAGGAUGUCCAGUGGCGCUUUGCAAUAAUACAAGCUGAAAACUCAGACGUGAUUUAUUUAUGGUGUGUGCUUGCUAGUUUAGAGAGUAAUUGGUAGCAUAGUUUGUGAACGAACAUUUGCCAUUUUUUUCCUCCUUUUUCCUUCUUAUUUUCUUUCUUCAAUCUUUGCCUCAAGGAUGGACAGGAUUUGUGGAACUUUAACUACGCGUUAGUGCUGUAUUGUAUCCCAUCUUCGUUUGUGAGGGCAGGGAUAAUGAAGUAUGAAGAGAAAAGUUGCUGAUCUUAUCAAUGA